GUACAGCGAGCGGCCAUUACUGACACCGUCAUCUUCUCUCUUCAUUUUUUUUCCCAAUUUCAGGCUUCUCUCUUUCUCCGAUUCUAUUUAGUAAUGCUCCUAAUGGACCUCUUCGCAUUCCAUGGCAGAGGCCACCACUUCUGAUCGAAGUGGGCCGUUAAUGGAGGCCGGAGACCGCGCCGGGGACCUCUCUUGACUCUCUUCUGCUUUGUACCGACAGAUUGAAGAUGGGUCAGGGGCUGAGUUGCAGUGCCACUCAUGAGAAUGGAUUGUUUCGUGCUGUGCAGAAUGGAGAUUUGGAGGCGGUUCAUGUUUUGUUGGAGAACGAACCCUCUCUGUUGCAGAACACUACUGUCUAUGAUCGCCAGUCUGCGCUUCAUAUUGCUGCUGCUAAUGGUCAGAUCGAGAUCCUGUCUUUGCUUUUGGAACGAUCUGUCAAUCCGGAUUUGUUGAAUCGUCACAAGCAGACUCCGCUUAUGUUGGCGGCAAUGCACGGGAAGAUCUCAUGUCUGCGGAAGCUCCUUGAAGUAGGAGCAAAUAUUUUAAAGUUUGAUUCCCUUCACGGGCGAACUUGCUUGCAUUAUGCUGCUUAUUAUGGCCAUUUUGAUUGCGUAGAAGCCAUUCUUUCCGCGGCUCAAUCAAGCCCUGUUGCUGCUUCCUGGGGAUUUGUACGAUUUGUGAACAUUAGAGACGGUAGGGGAGCAACCCCUUUGCACUUGGCAGCUCGUCAAAGACGACCUGAAUGCAUUCACAUUCUGUUGGACAAUGGAGCUCUCGUUAGUGCUUCAACUGGCGGAUAUGGAUGCCAAGGGAGCACGCCCCUUCAUUUGGCAGCUCGAGGGGGGUCCUUGGAUUGCAUUAGGGAACUGUUAGCUUGGGGAGCAGAUCGUCUUCAGAGAGAUUCCUCUGGGAGAAUUCCCUAUGUAAUUGCUAUGAAGCACAGACAUGGAACCUGUGCAGCCUUGCUGAAUCCUUCAUCCACAGAGCCACUUGUUUGGCCCUCACCCUUGAAGUUUAUCAAUGAGCUUAACCAAGAAGCAAAAGCUUUGUUGGAACAGGCUCUAAUGGAGGCAAACAGGGAGAGAGAGAAGAACAUCUUGAAGACAACUACAACUAAUGAACUUCCCUCUCCAUCACACUCUGAUGCAGUGGAUGGCUAUUCCUCUGAGAUCAGUGGUGGUGAUGAUGCAGAGCUAUGCUCCAUUUGCUUUGAGCAAGCUUCCACAAUUGAAGUCCAAAACUGCGGCCAUGUCAUGUGUGCUCAAUGCACUCUUUCCCUUUGCUGCUACAGCAAGCCGGACCCAACCACGGCAUGCCUGACGCCCCCAGUUUGUCCAUUUUGCCGAAGCAACAUCAUCCGCUUGGCGGUCGCGAAAACGAAGACGAAAACAGGAGAGGAAGUUGAUGACCAUGAAGCCAACAACUCCAAGCAGAGAAAGGGAAGGAAGUCCCACAACUUCAGUGAGGGUGGUAGCAGCAGCUUCAAAGGGCUGUCGGCGAUGAGCUCUUUCGGGAAGAUCGGCGGUGGCCGGAGCUCCGGACGGAUAGCUGCGGAAGAUGAUCAGUCAGUUGAUAAGCUUGGUUAACAGGUGGAAAUGGCAAAUCAUACCAUCUUUUUGAUCAAUCAAGAUCCCUUUUUCCCGCUUUGCAAAAUGAUCAAAAGAUUCAAUUACUCGGCUUUCGGUGUUGGGCCCCUAUCAAUACAUAUCAUAGAGAAAAAAAAAGAGGAAAAAAACCAAAAAAAAAGGAAUCCAUGUUUGCUUGUAGAAUUGGGAAAAUAAAUCAAAUAUUAAGCAAGAGAGUGAGUUUUAUCUUCGUGGGUCAUCUUAAGUUGUAAUAUGAUUUGUUAAUUUGAGAUUGAAAAAGUCAAAGUAUUAAAAAAAAAAGGAAAAAA